GAUGGCCGCCUUGACAACAGAAGCGUCUGGUGAAACUAGUUGGCAGGAUGAGAAUUUCCAGAGUGUUUCCUGCCAUGAGAAAGAAUUUCACAUCCAGAAAUGGAAAGAACGGAAUGCUCAAGCUCAGAAGGCUGACUUUCUUAAGGAGGCAGAUAAGCUAAAUAAACAGGUUAUAAAACUUGAAAAAGAAAAAAAUGCACAGCUUUUCCAUAAAAAGAAUGACUUCAGAAAUGAAUUUGGUGAAUUAGAAGAGCUCGAAUUAAAGCUGACGAGUUCCAGAAACACAGAAAAGAUUAAGUUUCAGCAACAGCUUGCAAAAAUCCACAACAUUGUUAAAAGAUUCCAGAGCCAGCUAAAGGAUGUAAAACCCACACCAGAAUUUUUAGAAAAACUCAGAGAAGUAAUGGAAGAAGCCGAAAACUCUAUUAAUGCUUUGAAAGAAGAGCAAAGAAAAAUUUAUGAGGAACUUAUGAAACAAGAAAAAUGUUCAUCUCAAGAAGUAAUCGCUUUGGAAAAAAGAAUUGAGAUGUGGACAGUUUCAACAGGACCCAUCUCAAAGAAACCUCCUUCUCCUGCACUGCCAAAACUUUCUGCAGCAAGCACUAAUGAGGAUUUGCCUUCAGAAGUAACCGAUUUUGAAAAGUUUCUACACAAAACAGGAGGAAGACAAGGUGGCUGGGAUGAUUAUGACCAUCAGAAUUUCCUGAAAAUCUGGACUAAGCACAAUGGAAAGAAGUCCUAUAUGGAAGAAGCUUUGUUGUACCUCCCUGGAAGAACCCAGGAAGAAAUUAAACAACAUGAGGACUGGUAUCAAGAGUUUUUGUUUCUUGAAGAACGAAAAAAGGAGGCUAUUCAACUGUGGAAGUCUAAGAAAAACCAGGAAAAAGAAAAAUUCUUAAAGCAACAAGAAAAACUUGAAGACCUGAAAACACAAAAAGAGCUGGCUCGUGUUGAAGCUUAUAGAAAGAAAUUGGAGCAAGAAAAGGAAGAUAAACAGGCUAAGCUUCAGGAAUGGAAGAAGAAGAAAGAGCUUGAGCUUGCUGCAGAGGAGGAGAAACAAUGUCAGGCUGAAGUACAGAAAAGAAGGAAAAUAAAAGAGGAGCAGCAGCGACAACUGGAAGUUAAGGCGAUAGUGGAAACAUAUGCCCGUCAGAAGAAAGAAGAGGAAAUGCAUGAGCGUCUUAAGCAGGAGGUACAGGAACAGUCAGAGCGGGAGGAGAGGCAACGACUAUCUGCUAGAGCAAUUGUCAAGUUCCGGGAAAGAGAUAUGCAGAAAGUAUUUGAGAAAGUGUUAGAAAAGCAUUCUAAAGAAGAGGAAGAACAUGAAAGAGAAAAAAAAAUUGCCAAAGUGAAGCAGAAGGUUGAAGCUCAUGUAACCAAAGACCCAGAUAGACUCCUUAAGCCCACAAAAGGAUGGAAAGAGCACGUCAAAGUGAUUGGGCCAACUGGAGGAGGGCCUGCCUUAUAUAUGCCUCAUAGGGCAAUACCAAAUUGGAGACAAGGGCUGUAACUCAAUGUCCUAUGAGUGAAGAGGUGUAUGAAAAAAAAAAAUUCUGCAGUUCUCAUUGGCAAGUCUGCUAUUCCAUGUUUUAAAUUAUUUAUUUUUGCAUUUUAUUUUUUCCAUUGUAAAAGAAACCAACUGUUAAGGUCAUAUCUUUGAAAAUGUUGACAUUUCUGCAUUUUUGAUUUGGGUCAAUAUGAUUGCAAGGUCUUCAGUUCAGCCAGAAGGAUAAAAAUAAACUCUCUUGACUCAUCGCAUGUCUGGCUUACCUUAGGGGUACAAUGGGGAAUGGCUGGGGGCCCCAGGUUCACAGGGGCCCAUGCUGUUUCUGAUGCCUAUGUGUGUUUUAUGUUUUGCUAUCAAAACAGGGGCCGUAGUGCAAUACUUUACCCAGGGGCCCAUGAUGCUAUUAAGACGGCCUUGAUGAAUAGGCAGACUUUAUUUUGUGAAGACAUUUUAUGUUUGAACUACACAAUGAAAAUUGAAUAAUUUCUUAAGACUGUUGUUACACAUAAAUCUUAACCUGUGACCUAUGCAAUUUGCAUCACUCAAUACUGAUACAUGGUGCUUUUUGUAAUCGGUGGUUGCAGGAGAGUAUGGAUUUUCGCCUAGUCUGAACUUUGAGGAUACUACAACAUGUGUCACUAAGUUUUUAAUACGCACAAUAAAAGAUCCACUCUUUACCCAAUUACUGUAAACUCUUCCCUCCACAAUUCUUCUUUUUAAAUUUCUGCCUUAAAGCCAAGCUUGCAUUUAUAUACUGUAUGAUGUCUGGCUGCUGGGAAGACAAUAAGAUAUUCAUAUGUCAGUGGUAUUUAUAUUUUGGCUGCAUAUUUGGAAAACAUGCAUGGUCUAUUAAUGUAGUUAUUUUUGAUUACUCUUUGUUAAUGAUAAUGCUGUUUUUCAAUUGGAAAUAAUAAACUACAUUGCCUAUAGGACAGUGAUACUCAUUACCAAAUCUUGAAGACUGCAAGUUUUUUUAAAACCAUGAUAAAUUCCUGUUGAACUUUGUUCUUCAUGGUGCAUUUAGAUUAUAUGUCUUUGCAAUGCUAAUCUGAACAUUUCUAAUAUGAAAAUACAGCAAACCAUACAAGAUGUACAUUAAAAUUAUUUUUUUGUUUUGUUUAUAUUUUUGUGCUUAUGAAAUUCAUAAUUUUAUUUAUUGAUGUUUUUGUAUCAGAAUUAAUUUUGAAAUCCAUCUUAUUAAGAAUCCUUUAAAGUAUUUUUUUUCACAUGUGAAAUAAAAUUAUGAUCACUUUUUAUUUUUCACUCUGUAUGUGUCUUAUCUCUAUGAGAUUCUGUCAGUGUAUGUAAAAUAUUUUUAUGAUGUACAGGAAGUAUUACAAAAAUAUAGAUUUAUCCAUCCAUCCAUUAUCCAACCCGCUAUAUCUUAACACAGAUAGAUUUAAUUAU